AAGCUUUUCAUACUAAGUCACAACCAUUUUCUUCUCAAAUUCAAAGAAAGAAGGUACUGAAGAGGAAGAAAAGAAAACAAGUUGAAGAGACUACUGAUAUGUUGGCAUCUAUGUCUCAUCACAACCUUUUCUCAUAUUAUGGUGUGAAGUUAUGAUUCUUCAUAUGGUAUUUAUUUUCUUAGCACAAAAUCAGAUAAUCAUCUUUUUCUAAACUCUACCAGGAAGGAAGAAAUCUAGUGCUGGUAACUCUUCCGUGAAUGGGGGUUGGGGUAAUUUAGAUAUCAAGGCAAUUCAUGAUAGUGGUGACUUUGGGGUUAAUGAUGGAUGGUCAUCAUCUAUUGCACUUAGAGAUGGCAGCAAUUCAUUGGAGCAGAUACUUUGCAAGAUUGAAGUAGUAAAGUCCCAAGUUUGCAACCUAAGGGCCCGAGUUCACAAGGGGUAGAGUGAAAGUCCUGGAAAGUUCUAUUCCAUUAAUAAAUUGACCUUGCUGGCACCAUGCAAUGGAUUGAUGGAUUGUGGAAAUCAUGUUUCUCCUAUUUAAAUAGAUCUGUGAAUGCUUUGUUGCAGCAUAUUCCAAGUUCAACAUGGAAGACCUAUUUAUGCACCAAAGUGCAGUUUCAAGUCGUGGAGAGACUUCUGAUAAGUUGGCUGCUAUGGCUACUCUUUCAUCUUAACAACUGAGGCUUGGUGGUGGUAUUGCAGUUGGCCCAAUUUAUGGUUUUCAUUCUAUGUUUCCAGUGUCCCUUUCAUUCUUUUGUUCAUAUUACUUCCCUGUUAUUCUGCUGGCUGAGGAAGAUAUUUUGAUACGUAACCAGGCAGCCCAGGAAGAGUUGUGUAGUUAUGGAAGCUAUAUAAAUCUGCAGGAGGACAAACCUCAAGCAUCAUUGGAAAGGCCAGAAACUUUUUGGCCAGCCCUUACUUCAGGAGAGCACUUGUCCAUGGAGCUGGAAACUAUUUAUCCAGAACCAGCUCCAGGAGGGAACUUGCCCGAAGUCAUCCACGCAGUCUAUUAUACAAAAUGUAAGGGUGCCUUGCACUUCACUAUUUCUCCAGGCCCAGCUCUAAGAGGGAACUUGCCCACAAACACAUCCACGCUGUCUAUCAUACAAAAUGUAAGGGUACCUUCCACUUGCAAGGCAAAGGUCCCCACCAAGAAAAGGAAGUGAGGACAAAAAAAAUGAGGGCUCAAUUAAUUGGGGCCAGAGAUCCUCAGCUUAGCUGGAGAUAUUACAUGUUUAUGGAACUUUUUUUGGGUAUAUCAGGGAGUUAGUUGCUUGGUAGUAUAGAAAUUUGAACUUUUGACCUUAACCUCAAAUUAAGGUUUUUAAAUUAGUGGGUAUCAAUUUUACCAAGCUGUUAUUGGUACCUGUUUAUGGAACUACCUACUGUAAAACGAUAAUUUGUAUAUGCUGUCUGUUAUAUUCUGCCAUGUAUCUUUGCCCUUGCUCCCACAUAUUCUGCUGCUCAUCAUCUGUAAAUUUUGUUUUCUCUCCUGAAAGCUAUAAGAAAUGCUUCAGAUUUGA